AUGACACACGCAGCAUGUCAUAACCGAAGAAAAGGCGAUUCGGCAAGUGAUAUAUUAGGUGACAUUAAAUGCGGAAUUACCACUGUAAAGGAAACAAUAAAAGAUGGAGUGAAAGAAGGAGUGAAAGAAGUUAAAACAAAAAUUGUGGACCACUCAGUUAAAACCUUCGAUGCUAUUGCUAAAGCUGUUACGAAGACCAAAGAAACUAUUGAUGACGGGCUAGAUGUUGCUGUUCAAGCAGGCAAAAACAGUUUCAAAUUAGUUCACGAAAUCAUAACAGGACGUAAAGUCUGGAAGCAUCAUGACAAACCAGAAAUUGUUGACAUCCAUCUAGCAAGUGAAGAAGCAGAGUUUGAAAAGGAUGAAUUGCAUGAUUGGCAUGAUAAAUUACAUGAAUAUCAUGAAAAGGAUGAAACACAUGAAAAGGACGAAUCACAUGAGAAACACGAUCCAAUCGAGAAUGAAAUUUUCUACAUUGGAGAACCUAAGGAAGAACCAAAAGUCGACCUUAAUGAGUGA